AGAAAUGUAUUGGCAAAUAUUAUGAAAACGAGCAACACCCAAACAUGACAGAAUAAGACAGGAAAUCUAUUUCAAAAUGAAAACGUGACUCUUCUACAGACAGACCAUUUUAAUAUUUUCACCACCGGGAAUGGUAAAGGUCGAAACCGACAUGUUAAAAUCAAUAAAUGAUAAACUGGAUAUAUUUGAACUAGUCAGUAAGGAUAUAAAAGACUUGAAGGCAAGCCUCGAGAUGAGUGACGAAAAAGCUGCAACAUUGUAGAAAGAAACACACGAGCUCAAAGGGACAGUAAGAUUGAAACCGAAGUUAAUGAACUUAAAAAGGCAAACACUGUUCUGAGAGAAGCCUUACUUGACAUAAAGACUAGGUCCAUGACAGAGAAUCUGGUACUUACAGGUAUCCAAAAGAAAGAAGUUCCUGAAUCUGUAGUUUGAGUUCCUCCUUACAGCGCUUCAGAUUCCACGGGAAGCCAUCGACAAAAUCCAACUCUAACGUGUACACCGCUUCGGGCAGAGUUCACAGGCAUGCUACCUGUGCUCCCUCUUGAUGUCCUGGAGGAGAUGCUCCUAAAUGUCCCUCCACAGCAGGUGGUGUGUGUCUGUCGACUUGUGUGUCGUGAGUGGAAAGAAGUGGUGGACAGUGAUUCUCUUUGGAGAGAGAGGUGCCGAAGAGAAGGAUACCAGACAUAUGUGACUAAACUACCUAAAGACUGGCGUUUGUUUUACUUCUUGUGUAAGAAGAGACGUAAUCUUCUCAAGAACCCCAGAGCAGAUGAUAAAUUCAAGGGCUGGCAAAUUAUGGAGAAUGGAGGGGAUAAAUGGAAAAUAGAGUCAGUGGAAGAAGUGCCGCUUCCUGACAACACUGUCCAAAAGUACUUUGCGACUUCUUACUCGACCUGCAGGAAGUCUCAGCUGAUUGACUUGGAGAAAGAGGGUUACAGGCCUUCUUUCAUGGAUGAUUUUCAACCCGACAUCAUUAUAUCUGACUGGUAUGCUCCACGCUGGGACUGUGGCUCUGAAUAUGAGAUCUGUGUUGAGUUGCUAAAUCGUAAGAAGAAGCCAAUUAAGAAGUUUAGUCCACAUACUGUUGUCUUUCAACAGUGGAAUGAUCAGAAAUGGAAUCAGAUGACUCAUGUGUUCAAGAAUUAUGGACCAGGUGUGCGUUACAUCCGAUUCAUUCAUGGAGGAAAUGACACUCAGUUUUGGGCCGGCUGGUAUGGAAUUCGGGUCACCAACAGUAGCAUCGAGAUCUGCCCAUCGGUGGACGGAUAGAUUUCGGUGUUCACAUUUACUCUCCUAAGAGGUUACAUUUGAAUGUUUUUUGCUGACCUGCACGCGUUGAAACCUCUCUUAGUGUAGUGAACAUCAUUCUGUCUUUUCAGCCGUAGGCAAUAGGCACACUGAUGUUUCUCUGUGGAUAUACAUCAUUCUGUCUUUUCAGCCUUAGGCAAUAGGCACACUGAUGUUUCUCUGUGGAUAUACAUCAUUCUGUCUUUUCAGCCUUAGGCAAUAGGCACACUGAUGUUUCUCUGUGGAUAUACAUCAUUCUGUCUUUUCAGCCUUAGGCAAUAGGCACACUGAUGUUUCUCUGUGGAUAUACAUCAUUCUGUCUUUUCAGCCUUAGGCAAUAGGCACACUGAUGUUUCUCUGUGGAUAUAAAUGAUUCUGGCUGUACAAUACAGGUAACUGCCAAAAUAAUGGAAAGGUUUGAGUAAAUGAGGGAUACAAAGUAUACACAGGUGUUGUUCCUGAGUUAAUUAAGCAAUUAACAUCCCAUUGUACUUCGGGUCAUGUAUAAAAAUUCCCAGCUGCCCAUUAUUUUGGUUACUAUGGCGAGAGGAGAUCUCAGUGACUUUGAAAGAGGGGUCUCAAAGGAGCAUAGUGGUCUGCCUGUGUCAGUCACCAGAUCUCAACCCAAUUGAACACUAAUGGGAGAUUCUGGAGCGGUGCCUGAGACAGCGUUUUCUACCACCAUCAAUAAAUCACCAAGUUAUGGAAUAUCUCAUUGAAGAAUGGUUUCGCCUCCCUCCAAUGGAGUUCAUCACACAGAAUGUGCUCAGGCACAUUGAAGCUGUUCUAGCUAGUGGUGGCCAGCGCCCUAUUAAGACACUUUGUUUUCUUUAUUUUGUCAGUUACCUUUAUCAUUUGUGUCCAUCUCUGAAUUGUACAGAGCAAAGCAAAAAUUCACAUAUGCCUGGAAUACUUCAAUGUAUUACAGGCAUAUAAUGUGCAUUUCUGUUUGCUCUGUACAAUUCAGAGGAAGACAGACCAAAGGAAAGUGUGAACUUCAAUGUAAUGUAUUAGGUACAUAAACGUCUGACCCAUUUGACAAACACCUUUUAAGAAACGUAGUUGAACACUUUUGCUUGUACUCACCUAUAUCUUAACAUCUAUAAUGUAAUUGUUGUGACUUACAGUGCCUUCAAAGUAUUCAUACCCCUUGACUUACUCCACAUUGUCUUGUUACAGCCUGAAUUCAAAAUGUAUUAAAUACAUUUUUCUAAAACAUGUACACACAAUA